AACAGUAAGCGCAUUGCACGACGGGAAGCAAAAUAGAAGGCGAAAAGACAGAAUAACUCAAACUCGUCUCGUUUUUGGGAACUUCAAGCUUUCCAUUCACGCUGUGGUUAACAAUAAUGCAUAAGGUGGCAGUGUUUGGCAGUGCUGUAAGGGUGCUCGUGACAGGAUCAAGCGGGCUCCAUGCGCAGUGUUUCCUGCUGACCUCUUGUUUGAGACAUGAAAGUGUGUCCAGAACUCCUAUCAGAAAACACAGUCAAGAUCAGCCCAAACACACUGCAGGACACUUGACCUGUUACAGCUUACCGCACAGGACUCUCAUCAGUAUAUCUGGACAUGACACGAACUCUUUUCUUCAAGGAAUUAUCACCAAUGACAUGACUCUUCUGGGAGAGGAUGGACUUAUAGCCAUGUAUGCGCAUAUGCUCAAUGUUCAAGGCAGGACACUGUAUGACAUAAUCAUUUACAGUUUGAAAGACAACCCAAGUGGAAUUAAUGGUGUGCUUCUGGAGUGUGACAGCACUGUACAGAACUCCAUUAUACGACAUCUGAAAGUGUACAAGAUACGUCGCAAAGUGAACAUCAGCCACUGUCUGAGUCUCUCGCUUUGGGCUUUGUUUCCUCAAAAUAAAGAUGCAGUGCUGGGAAAGUCAAAGCCAGAUGUUACUGCAGCAGACAAAGUAUUGUUGUUGGAACAAGACCCAAGAACUGAACUCAUGGGCUGGAGAAUGAUCACUAAUAGUGAGGUUAAUCCAAUGGAGAUCAUCUCAGCCUGUCAACAGGGCAACACUGAAGAAUACCACAGACACCGCUAUGAAAUUGGACUUCCUGAGGGAGUCAAAGAUCUCCCACCAGGUGAGGCCCUUCCGCUGGAGUCUAACCUGGUCUUCAUGCAGGGAAUCAGCUUCAGCAAGGGCUGCUACAUUGGACAGGAACUAACUGCCAGAACUCACCACACUGGUGUAAUACGGAAGCGCCUAAUGCCUGUGACCAUAUCUGCCCCUGCUGAGAACUUGGACCAAGGGGCUGCUCUGGAGAGAGGGGGCAAACCAGCAGGAAAGUACAGGGCAGGAAUUGGCAAGCUGGGCUUGAGCCUUGUACGCUUGGCUCAUGCCAAAGAGCCCCUCAAAAUUAAAUCCUCUGAUGACAUGACAGUGACUCUACAGGCUAGUGUGCCUGACUGGUGGCCAAAAAACACGAAAGAUUAAUGAAGGGUUAAUCAGCAAGUCAGAUUAGCAGUCCUAUUAUAUAUGUUUUUAAUAGCCCAUAAGACUGCUGUAAUUGCACUGAAAACAUUUAUUUAGAUUUUGAGUCAAUUUAUAACUAUUUUAACUGAAUCACUACAGCUUUUUUUCAGAUAUGUUGGUUGAAAAUAAAAUUUCUG